AAUCUGGAACAUUGCCAUUUUGUCCCUGAAAACAGUUCAGCUGAACCAAAUAAAUCCCUGGUUAUGUCCAGUAGAGGGCAAUACUCAGUCUUGAAUAGACUAGGUUAGCUGCAACUUUUACAAAGUUGUGCAACAGUAUUGACCACAUGAUAUAAGGAAUGCAAAGUAAAGUAUGUUGUGUUAUUGUCACAGGAAAUGCAGGAUAUUACAGCGAGACAACCGUGGCCAUUCUUUUUCAGAAGGAUACAAAAUCUUUAAUAUUGGGGUUCUGAUAUGUUCACAAUGUUCUCACAUGGCUUGUAAAAACUAUAAUUGCAUGUAAUCGAAUGGCUCUCUUCUGUAAUCCAGGGCAAUCUUACAAAACUAUAAAGCGAAGGGGUCGUUCCAAGCUUUUUUCUCUGCUGGAGCUCAGGCAACAAAUGCUUCAACACACCCCUAGAGAUCCAUCUGUCUGCCACAUGUUUGCAAUAGGGUCACUGAGUCCAAACUCUACAUCCCAUUCUGGGAGAUGCCUGCAGACCACCGUGAUGGUUUAUCUGAGAUGAACAUACAUAUUGAUGGCUCAUUCAUCAAUGCUCCCUAGAAGCAUCUAGACUCUUCAGGUUGGUUGUGGUGUAAAAAUGCUGAGGAAAGCCUUUCUGUGGAUGAGCCUAAUCUUGUUAUUCCAGGCUUCUUAAUCCAAAAGAGCCAGUCAGUCUUAGCUUUUCAACCACCUGCUGUGCCAACAAACACAUUAACAUACCUUCCAGUAUAUACAGAUCUCCAACUAUAUACUUGAAAACAUGGAAGAUAGCAUAAAGCUAGGGCUUGAAGGGAUCAGGAAGACCAUCUUGCAUGGAGGAUCCGGUGAGAUGCCCAGAUUUGUCACAGGAACUAAGGUGACUUUUCACUUCUGUACCCAGCUCUGUAAUGAUGAGCGCACCGUAAUAGAUGACAGUAAGAAGGCAGGUACACCCAUGGAAAUGGUAAUUGGGAACAUGUUUAAACUGGAUGUCUGGGAAACUCUGCUGACGUCCAUGCGCAUAGGGGAGGUGGCUGAGUUCUGGUGUGAUGUCAUUCACACAGGGUUGUAUCCAAUCGUGGCAAAGAGCCUGAGGCGCAUUGCAGAGGGAAAGGAUCCGGUGGACUGGCAUAUUCAUACCUGUGGAAUGGCAAAUAUGUUUGCGUAUCACAGUCUGGGCUAUGACGAUCUGGAUGAACUUCAGAAAGAACCACAGCCUCUUUACUUUGUAAUGGAACUUCUAAAGGUACAGCGGCCCAAUGAAUAUGACAGAGAGUCAUGGGCUCUAAAUGAUGAAGAGCGACUUAAAGCAGUACCUGUGCUCCACGGUCAAGGAAACAAACUAUUCAAACAAGGCCGCUUUGAAGACGCCACUAUGAAAUAUAAGGAAGCCAUUGUUUGUAUCAAGAAUGUGCAGUCAAAGGAGAAGGCAUGGGAAGCUCCCUGGCUAAAAUUGGAGAAAAUGGCCAAUACUCUCACUUUAAAUUACUGUCAGUGUCUUUUUCGCAUGGAGGAGUAUUACGAGGUCAUUGAACACACGUCUGAUAUCAUCAACCAACACCCUGGCACGAUGAAAGCCUUUUAUCUCCGUGGCAAAGCGCACAUGGAAGUGUGGAAUGAAGCAGAGGCCAGAGCGGAUUUCAUGAGAGUGCUGGAUCUGGAUCCACGAAUGAAAAAGUCUAUUAAGAAGGAGCUAGCAGUGCUCAAAAUGCGUAUGGAGUUAAAAAACGAGGAGGACAGACUGAGAUACAAGGGAAUGUUCACAAAAAUAUCAGGGGUGGAAGACACUCCAGAGAUAGAGACUGCAGAGCGAGAGUUUCCUGAGCGGUCAUCUCCAGAAGAAGGAACUUCUGCUGGAACAACUCAAGAACAAAAGGAUCCAGACAGGGCAUCUCUGGAAGAAACGUCUGAAGAACAAACAAAUCUAGAACAAGCAAGUUUAUCUCAAACAAAACCAUCAGAAAUGAUUGUGGAGCAAAUGACAGCACAACCAGCAGAAGAUGUGACUCCAGAACCAACCACUAUAGAACAAGCUAUUCUAGAAGAAACAAACCUGAGUCACAUGAUUCUGGAGUAGUGACCUUCUGAACAAACAUCUCAAGAGCAAAACUAGCAUCCCUGGGACCAAUAUCUUCAAUACAAAUGACUCCAAAUCAGACAACACCAUUUGAACAAUCUUAAGAGAGGUGCGACAAUGAUGCUUUAGGAUACUAACAAAAAUAAAUCCUGCACUGUAAAAAAUGAUAUCAAAUCAACAAUAUUUUUCUAUUUUGGCCUUUUUACAAGAUGUAAUGUAAGUCUCAGGUAUGCAUAAGUUUGAUGAAAUGCUGCAUUGCAAUACAUCAGAUAUGUAUCCCAUAAUUUGUGCUGUUCUGACUGUCAUAAGAAAAUCAGAUAUGGAUCACAUUUGGGCAAAAAAGUCCGAUUUGGGCCACUUUCGCAUUUUUAAGAAAUUCGACCAAUGGUUUACUGAUAGUUGACACAGCAUAUUACUAGGCAAAAAUACUGUUGUAUAUAAAAUUAUCUGCAUUUGCACUUUUAAGAAUUCAUAAUAGACACACACACACACACACACACACACACACACACACACACACACACACACACACGCGCGCGCACACACAAUAUUUGGAAUGUGUGUCUUCAGGACAGAAUGAGUAAUGCUGUAGGGCUUUUGAAACAGCUUGCAAAGAGAUCUGUUGAGAAACGCAAGAGAGCCGCAGACUGGAUCAAUGCCAUUACAUCACAUGAUAUUACUUCAAGGGGAUUCCCUUGUGAUACUGUCAACAUCUUUUCUAUGCUUCACAUGCUUCUUGUAUAGUAUCUGUCAUUUAAAAGAAAACUACUACAUGGACAAUUCAAACAACAAGCAUCAUCAUCUUGUUUACAUCCAGUAAAUGUGCAAAUUUGCUUAUAAAGAGAUUACUUUUGUACUGUAUAUACUGUACAGUAAGCAAGAUAAUAUCACAGCAUAUGCCAGAUUUGUUUACAUGUUCAAGUUCAGCAGAGAAUACUGCAUGCAUGCUGUUUUGUCUUUUAAC